GUAGUCUUUUAUGGCAGCGACAAGCUAACCCGAUAGAGGGAAAAUACAGACGACGGAUAAAUUGACUUCCCCUUUUUUUUACGCGUAAAAAAACUAAAACCUCAACGCGGCAACUGUCCUCGUUCCACCAAAUGGAAUCGUAUUUAAUUAUUUUCCUAUGACAUUUUUUGUUGCCGUGUCCGCGCCUAUUUAGCGUACCGGUUAGCCUUAAGCUAACUGUGCUAAUUAAACCAUGGAAAGUCCAAACUCGGUUGACGAAAUUAUUUCGUCGCGAUUUGGAAAUUAUUAACAUUUACGCUGGACAGACAAGCAAGCCGAUGACUGAAAUCGACAUGAGGAACUGCCUGUCAACGACUGUUAUUAUUUGCCAUAAUUCAAUUAAAGGGAAGUGGGCCUUUUGCAUAUACUGUACAAACAAGUCAACAGUAUGUUAAUGUGGGUAACCAGCAAAUAUCGAAUGAUUUGGUAAACUGCAAAAUAAAACUACACUAGUCCAUGUAUUUAGGCUACGUGUCACACAUCCUUCUUCCAGUAGUUCCGGGUGACUGCUUGGAAAAGUAAACAAAUACAUGCGAUUGCUAGUCAUACAUGUGACAAUUCAAAUGACACAUACCGACAUUGUUUUUCGUCAUUUACUGGCAAAGGAGAUGGAAUGGAAGAGGCUAAGGCUUCACUGUUUAACUCUUCAUUACUGUUGAUUAGUUUUAGCCGCUAUUGUAACAAAAUGCCAAGAGACUAAUCGUGAGCCAAAGACAUUUUGCUGCACAUCAGGCCAAAAUGCCUUCCACACUGUUCCUCUUGAUGCUGCCGGCAGCGUUAUGUAGCAUGGGACGUGCCAUGUCAAGGGACGAGAAGCAAAAGUUGAGGACCCAAGUGGUGGAGAUGUUUGACCACGCAUAUCAGAAUUACAUGGACCACGCUUACCCGGCUGAUGAACUAAUGCCGCUAACGUGCAGAGGAAGAGUACGUGGACUGGAACCCAGUCGGGGCGAUGUGGACGAUGCGCUUGGAAAGUUCUCGUUGACCCUCAUAGACACUCUGGACACCCUAGUGGUGUUGAACAAAACAGUAGAGUUCGAGGCCGCUGUCAGAAAAGUCCUGUCCGACGUCAGGUUGGACAAUGACAUCGUGGUGUCAGUAUUCGAAACCAACAUUCGAGUCUUGGGGGGCUUACUGGGUGGCCAUUCCAUGGCUGUGAUGCUGAAAGAAGAAGGACAAUACAUGCGGUGGUACCAGGACGAGUUGCUACACAUGGCGAAAGAUUUAGGCCUGCGGUUACUGCCGGCUUUUAAUACCAGCAGUGGGCUGCCUUACCCCAGGGUGAACUUAAAGUACGGCGUCAGGGGUCCUGAGACGCGGACAGGCACGGAAACAGACACCUGUACGGCGUGCGCGGGAACAAUCAUCCUGGAGUUUGCUGCCCUAAGUCGCUUCACUGGAGAUCCUGUGUUCGAGGCCCAUGCCCGCAGAGCUCUGGACUUUCUCUGGGAGAAGAGGCAGCGGAACAGCAAUCUUGUGGGAACCACCAUCAACAUUCACUCAGGAGAGUGGGUCCGAAGAGACAGCGGCGUCGGUGCGGGAAUCGACUCGUACUAUGAAUACCUCCUCAAGGCCUACGUUCUUCUGGGAGAUGACCAAUUUCUGCAGCGCUUCAAUAUUCACUAUGCAUCCAUCAUGAAGUAUAUUAGCCAACCUCCACUGUUGUUGGACGUUCACAUCCACAAACCUCUGCUUCCCGCUCGGACUUGGAUGGACUCCCUGCUGGCUUUCUUCCCGGGUUUGCAGGUAUUGAAGGGAGACAUCCGCCCAGCCAUUGAGACCCAUGAAAUGUUGUAUCAAGUUACUAAGAAACACAACUUUUUACCAGAGGCCUUCACUACUGAUUUCAGGGUACACUGGGCCCAGCAUCCUCUGCGACCGGAGUUUGCAGAGAGCACCUAUUUCCUUUACAAGGCCACAGGUGACCCAUACUACCUCGAAGCGGGUCGCACCAUCAUGGACAACCUCAACCGCUUUGCCCGAGUUCCGUGCGGUUUUGCCGCCAUGAAGGACGUGCGCACCGGCAGCCAUGAGGAUCGAAUGGAUUCUUUCUUCCUGGCCGAGAUGUUCAAGUACCUAUUCCUGCUCUUCGCUGAUUCCGAGGACCUACCUUUCGACGUGGAGGACUACAUCUUCACCACCGAAGCGCAUUUGUUGCCUCUGUCACUCUCCACGGCGCCUCACGCUUCCUCCGUUCCCCAAAAUAAAACGAUAUAUCAGUCAGAGGAGGAGUUGGACGACUCCAACUUCGACUGGACCUGCCCCAACACGCGCCUUCUAUUUCCUGAUCCAGCCUUUCCACGUAAUCUGAGGGAACCGAUUCGGAGCGCCGUGGACAAGAGUUGCCCACGUCCUGCGCCUUACAGGGAACCAGGCAUGGGAGCCCCUCCUUUGAGAGCCCAAGACUUCAUGGCGAACAACCGGGAACAUCUGGAGCUGCUGAGGAGGAUGGGCGUCAGCCUCAUCCACCUGAAGGACGGCAGAGUGCAGCUAGUGCAGCAUGCCACACAGGCGGUGAGCCCCAUCGCAGCGGAGGACGGCGUACGCUUCAUGCAGGAGAUGAUGGAGCUUUCCAGCCAGCAGCAGAAGGAGCAGUUGCCUCCCCGAGCCGUCCAGAUAGUCUCACACCCCUUCUUUGGCCGUGUUGUGCUCACCGCUGGACCGGCACAGUUUGGCACCGAUUUGUCUAAGAGCUCCACGGGGGUCCGAGGCUUCGUCACGGUCGCCGAGCCUUACAGCGGCUGCAGCGAGAUCACCAACGGCGACUACGUCCGUGGCCACAUCGCUCUCCUCCAGAGGGGCCAGUGCAUGUUCGCCGAGAAGGCUCGGCACAUCCAGAAAGCCGGCGCCAUCGGCGGCAUCGUCGUCGACGACAACGAGGGGAGCAGCAGCGACACGGCGCCCCUUUUCCAGAUGGCCGGCGACGGCCGUAGCACGGACGACAUCACCCUGCCCCUUCUAUUCCUCUUCCACAAGGAAGGAAACAUCCUGCUGGAGGCGCUCAAGGAGCACCGGGAGGUGGAGGUUCUGCUCAGUGACAAAGCGCGAGACCGAGCAGCCAUAUUCAAAGGUAAACCUCUCCCUGGAAGUCUGUUUGAGGGCAGCGCCGACGUCCACCAGGCGGAGGAGGACUGCCAAACCGACCAAUCCAAGGCGGCGGAAUCCGAAUCGGAAUCGACGGCAUCCCAGGAAGCUGUAGACGCCGCUCCGGCCCAAAUUGAGGCCGACGUGCCAAAAGCGGACUCUGAAGACAAAAAAGCAGACGCCGCCGACCAAUCGGUGAACGAGCUGAUGGCCGAUUGGCGGGACGAUUUAGAGGCUUUCCGGCAAAUGGAGAAAGACGAGCUCUGAUAAGAACGGCGGACUCGUAAAUCUGGCCUAUUCGGCCAACGCGCGCCGAGCGGAGCCGGCCAAAACCGAGCCAACACGGACGUCGUCUUAAACCCGAUUGAUGACGGGUGAAAGAACACGAUUCCUACUUUGGGUGGUAAGAUUACGGGAAUGAUUUUAAAUCAGGAAAAACUUAGAAUUUUUUUUUGGAACUCAUCGGCUACCAUUGACGGCGUUAGACGUCCAAUCAUUCAAAGAGUUCAUGUCUAUUCCCGUGUAAAAUUUCGGAAUACUUCCACUCAAGUUCUCAAAUUUUGUUUGUUUGUUGCAAUCCAAGUCAUACCUCAGUGUGUGUGAUAUUUCUUUAAUACAAAUAAUCACCAAGGAGGCAGAUUUCGUCUAUUUUGUUUAUGUAGAUUCGAUAUUUCACUCGAUGGUUUUGAUUCAAAUUGAUGAAAUUCCUCGUUUUUGGGGGGUAUGGAGUGAGGUAAUUGUACUUAACAAUAAAUUUUGGAGUAAUUAAGUGGAAUGUUGUGUGGAAAGACUGAUCUAGAUUAAGUGUUGCGCCGAUACAGAUACGAUUGUCGGUACCGAUACGAUACUAAAAUGACGGGGAGUACUAAGAAAUAACUUGCCGAUGUUCUGCAAUAUGUAUCGUAAUUUUCGGACUAUAAGCCGCAAAGUGUUACCAAAUCUAACAAUCAAUUAAUGAAACAACUAGAACAGUAACUGAAGAAGUAUUAAGCACAGACCAUGAAUUUUGAUUGUUAUCUACGUCGGUAGCGCUGCAAUGCAUGCUAGGAGGCAUGCAAUAGGCAAUAAUGCUCAUUCCACUGUCAUACCUAUGAUGGUCUGAUGAGUCUUAUGGCACCACUGCCAAAUAAUGUGCUACCAAAUUCCAUAACUAGCAAUUAAUGAAACAACCAGAACAGCAACUGAAGAAAUAAUUAGCACAGAACAUGUAUUUUGAUUUUUAAGAUCUGCUGCAUUGCAUGCUAGGAGGCAUGUUGGACGACAACAGUGUUGGCAACAGGUGGCAGCAGAGGUUGACUGUCUCCCCCAAGGGAGUAAUGAUGGCCAAAUGAAGCUUUUUGAAGCAAUGAAGCUUCGCGGCCAACUGGUUCAAAGCUUCAUGGUGGUUCAUUUGGUCUUAUGACAUUUUUAUGAUGUCGCUGUCAAAUAAAGUGUUACCGGUUAGUAUCUUUUGGUGUAAAUAUCCCAUAAUACAAUGAGGACAGCUGCGGCUGUUGCUGUUUUCGUGUCAAAUUUGGUGGGUGCCGGAUUAUAGUUUGAAAAUGACGGUACUUUUUGAGAUGACGUUUGUUACUGCUGGUCGCCCUACCCAAGAUGGCCGCCGGAUAUGCCCAGGAGCGUUGAUAAGGUGUCCAAUCGUGUGACAUUCAAUCAUUCUUCUGCUGUGAAUGUCAAUGGGUUUAUCAGUGGUAGACACCCAAUCCGUUUGAAGCGACCAUCCCUCCCGCUUCAAACGCAUUGGACAUCUAGCGCUUUUAGUGGCAGCCAAGCAGUGUUUGACCAAGCCAUAUUAGCAAUUAUUGUAUCGUAAAGUAAAUUUUCGGACUAUAAGGCGCACCUGACUAUAAGCCGCCACCCACCAAAUUUGACACAAAACUGCAUUUGUUCAUAGAUGAGCCGCACCGGAUUGUAAGCCACAGCCUUCUUCACUGUGUUAUGGGAUAUUUACUCCAAACGAUAUUAACUGGUAAGACUUAAUUUGACAGCGGCAUUAUAAGACUGUCAUUAGACCAAAUGAACCACCAUGAAGCUUUGAACCAAUUUCCUGCAAAGCUUUAUUGCUUCAAGAAGCUUCAUUUGGCCAUCACUGUUCUGUUAGGGGGACAAUCAACUUCUGCUGUCAACACUGUUCUCGUCCAACAUGCCUCCUAGCAUGCAUUGCAGUGCUACAGAUAAACAAUGAUCAAAAUUCAUGUUCUGUGUUAAUUAUUUCUUCGGUUACUGUUCUAGUUGUUUCAGUAAUUGUUAGUUAUGGAAUUUGGUAACACUUUAUUUCCCAGUGCCGCCAUAAGACUGUAAUCAUACCAUCAUAAUUAUGACAGUGUCAUGAGAAUUAUUCAAUGCUUACAUUGACAGACCUAAUAAACCACCAUGAAGCUUUGAACCAAUUGGCUGCAAAGCUUCAUUUUGCCAUCGCUGUUCCCUUGAGGGAGACACUCAACCUCUGCUGCCACCUGCUCUCAACACUUGUCGUCCAACAUGUCUCCUAGUAUGCAACGCAGCAGAUGUUAAUCAAAAUACAUGUUCUGUGCUCAUUAUUUCUUCAGUUGCUGUUCUAGUUGUUUCAUUAAUUGUUAGUUAUGGAAUUUGGUAACACUUUAUUUCCCAGUGCCGCCAUAAGACUGUCAUCAUACCAUCAUAAUUAUGACAGUGUCAUGACAAUUUUUGAAUGCUUACAUUGGCAGACCUAAUAAACCACCAUGAAGGAGGGACCACCUGCCACCUGCUGUCAACACUUGUCGUCCAACAUGCCUCCUAGUAUGCAAUGCAGCAGAUGUUAAUCAAAAUACAUGUUCUGUGCUCAUUAUUUCUUCAGUUGCUGUUCUAGUUGUUGCAUUAAUUGAUAGUUAUGGUAUUUGGUAACACUUUGACAAUGGCGCCUUAAGACUGUCAUCAGACCAUCAUAAUUAUAACAGUGCCAUGAACAUUAUUGAAUGUUUACAUUCACAGACCAAAUGAACCACCAUUUGGCCAUCACUGCUCCCUUGAGGGAGACAGUCAACCUCCGCUGCCACCUGUCAACACUGUUCUCAUCCAACAUGCCUCCUAGCAUGCAAUGCACCAGAUGUUAAAAACAAAAUACAUGUUCUGUGCUAAUUAUUUCUUCAGUUGCUGUUCUGGUUGUUUCAUUAAUUGCUAGUUUUGGUAUUUGGUAACACUUUGUUUGACCUUGGUGCCAUAAGACUGUCAUUAGACAAUCAUAAUUAUUAGGAUCAUGUUUUUUUGCUCCUGAUCGUUUUAGUUUGAGUAUCUGCCGAUCCCGAUAUUUCCCGAUCCGAUUGCUUUUUUUUGCUCCUGAUUCAAUUCCAAUCAUUCCCGAUAAUUUUUACCGAUCAUAUACAUUUUGGCAAUGCAUUAAGAAAAAAAUGAAUAAAACUCGGACGAAUAAAUACAUUCAACAUACAGUACAUAAGUACUGUAUUUGUUUAUUAUGACAAUAAAUCCUCAAGAUGGCAUUUACAAUAUUAACAUUCUUUCUGUGAGUGGGAUCCACGGAUAGAAAGACUUGUGACUUUGUAUAUUGUGACUAAAUAUUGCCAUCUAGUGUAUUUGUUGAGCUUUCAGUAAAUGAUACUGCAGCCAUUCAACCCAAAUGCAUGAUGGGAAGUGGAACCAUGACUGUGCGUAGUGCUACCAAUUGAUAUAUCUUUUAUGCGUUGGGAAAUAAGAUAAGGUGUUAAGAAAAAGGUCAAUUGCUACCUUGCUUCCCCACAUUGCUUCACUUAGUAUUUCUAAUCGUAGGGAGAGGGAUUGUAAGGUUUUAGCCUAUUAAAAAAAAGGCUCCAAAGGCUGCCAAAAUUCACUCUACUCAUUUUAAGCUGCCUUUUAUCUCUCUAAAUGGGUAAAACGGCACCAUUAAAGAUUGAGCGCGACAAUGCGUGAGUGGGUCGUGCAACGCAUGCAUUAAUUGUGUUAAAUAUUUAACGUGAUACAUUUUAAAAAAAUAAAUUACCGACGUUAUCGGGAUAAAUUUGAUAACCCUACCUUAAGCCUAAACUAAAGACUCUGGAUGAGUGUGACAUAUGUCUGUAACGUUAAAUACAAUUAGAAAACGAUGUAAUUAAAAAAUAUAUGUAUAUUAAAAAAAAAAACAUCGAUCGGGACAUCUUUAAUAAUUAUGACAUGACACUGUCAUGAGCAUUAAUGAAUGCUUAUAACAGAUGUCAUUUACUGUUAUGCGACAAAUUAUCUCAGUUUUGAAUAAAUGUAAAAGAUCCGAGCUGUACAGAAAUGGAGUUAGUGACAUGAUUUCCUGGAUGACACUUAUUGACAUUUGUCAUUUGCAUUCAUUAAUGCCCAUGUGUGUCAUAUCAUAGUUAUGACGGUGUUAUGGCAGUCUUAUGACACCGCUGUCAAAUAAAGUGUUACCUUUUAACCCAAAUAAAUCAACAAUUAAGCUGCUGAAUUAAAAAAUGAGGGUAAAAAAGUAGCGGCUUAUAGUCCGAAAUUUACGUCUUUUUUUUUUUUUUUUCAAGCGUAUCGGUACAGUAUCGGCACACACUUCAGUCAAAAAUUUGAAUCGGUGCAACACGAAUCUAGAGCUUUACUUAUUGAUUUAAACUUUUCCCGAAAAAUUCAAAAUUCAAUCAUCGAAAUCAACUCUAUUUUGUUCACCAUAUUGACUAACAGCUCUUUGGUGGAUGUCAUUGUUUAUAAUGGUGUUCUCUAUGCAUUUCAAAUCUCAAGUGGAUUUUUAUUUAAUUAAAAUGUAAUACGAAUUUAUUGUGAAAAGUCUGAUGUUUUCAGAUAAACUAUCUGGAAUGAAGACGCCUAACAUUGUAAGUAAAUAUAUUACUUCUGUAAGAAGCUCAGGAUUGUCGGCUUGAUUAUUAUUUUAUCCAAUCAGUUCACAUCGGUUUCCUGGCAGUGGCAGGACAAUAUCAGAUGAUGGCGGUAAUGCACAGUUAAGUCAAAAACUCAACAGAAGAACAAGGUAUGAUGUAUUUUUGUGCUUUCUGGAACAGAUUCAUUGCAGUUUCAUUUGUUUUUAUGGGGAAAGAUGAUUUGAGAUAUGAGCGCGGUCACGGAAUGAUUCACCACAUGACGUCCUGGAAUUUUGCGAGUCAUAGCGCUGCACAUGUCAUGCCUGUGUUGGCCAUAAAGGGGCGCUAAACAAUGAGAAGAUGAUGUAACUUAAUAAAACGAGAGUUUUAA